UGAGUGCCCCGACGACAGCGUCUGCUUUGUUGAAAGCAUCGAUCCUGCUCGGGACUUUGGAGCGACUCCGCUUUUAUUAUAAAGAAAUGAUGGAGUAGAUUUACGCGUUAGCUACACAUUCCACAUCCUAUUUGUGAGGUUUUUGUUGUUGUUUUGUUCGGGGUUGGGGAUGUGGAUCGUUUUGACGCUGUCGACAACAGAGGCGAGGAGCUCCUGUAUAUAAACAAAACGCAGCGCGAGCUGCUUUUAAGGUGGCACGUCAUCGGCGACAGCUGGACCAACAACAACAAGAAGAAGAAGAGCAGGCUCCCGGGCCUGCUCGGCGAGCCGGACGCGGAGGAGCUCGGUGUCCCGACAUGGAAGUAUUCCCUCGGCCUCGUCGGGAGUGAAACUCCGUAAACGAGCGAACAUGAGCGAGGAGGGUCGUUUGUUGUGUGGACGGCAGCUCGUGGCGAGUGAAAGACGGGGUGACUGUCCCCGCCGCUGCCCCCGCUUGACCGAGGAGAGAGGCGAGCUUGCUAGCAAGAAGGCUGUCCGCAGGCCCCCCGGUUCUCUGCCCCGGUCCAAAUAGUGCUGAAGCCGACUGAGGUGCAUCAUGGAGACGGUGGGUAGAUUCGAGUUCAGUCGGAAGGACCUGAUAGGACAUGGCGCAUUUGCGGUCGUCUUUAAAGGCAGAAACCGAGAGAAACAUGAUUGGGAGGUGGCAGUAAAAUGUAUCAACAAGAAGAAUCUGGCCAAAUCUCAGACACUGCUGGGAAAGGAGAUCAAAAUACUCAAGGAACUCAAGCAUGAAAACAUUGUUGCUUUACUGGACUUUCAGGAAACUGCAAGCUCAGUGUACCUAGUGAUGGAGUACUGUAACGGCGGUGACCUUGCCGACUACCUACACUCAAAAGGCACGCUGAGCGAAGACACGAUCCGCGUUUUCUUGCAGCAGAUUGCGGGUGCCAUGAGGGUCCUGCAGGCUAAAGGCAUCAUCCAUCGGGACCUCAAACCCCAGAACAUUCUGCUCUCUUACCCGCAAGGACGGAAAUCCCACUCCAACAACACCUGCAUUAAAAUUGCGGACUUUGGUUUUGCCAGGUACCUUCAGAACAACAUGAUGGCAGCAACUCUUUGCGGGUCACCUAUGUACAUGGCACCUGAGGUCAUUAUGUCCCAAAACUAUGAUGCCAAGGCUGACUUGUGGAGCAUCGGGACCAUCGUGUUCCAGUGUCUGACUGGGAAGGCUCCUUUCCAGGCCAGCAGCCCCCAGGAUCUUAGAAUGUUUUAUGAGAAAAACAAGAACCUCAGCCCCAACAUUCCCAGAGAGACUUCCAGCCAUUUGAGGCAUCUCUUACGGGGCCUGCUGCAGCGCAAUCACAAGGACCGCAUGGAGUUUGAUGAGUUUUUUUCUCAUCCUUUCUUGGAAGCCACCAGCUCGUCCAUAAAAAAGACAACUCCAACGGUAACCAUGACAUGCUUUCCAAGUUCCGGCUCAGCCAGCUCUUGCAGCAGCUCCUCCACCUCGCACCUGGCCUCUCCACCGCAGUCUCUUGGUGAUGCGCAACAUUUGCGUGCCAAAGCGCUGGCCUCCCCUACCCAGGAGGCCACUGGGUUUCUCCUCAAGGAUUCAUCCGGAGGAGGCGGCAGCAGCAAAAACUCCUCCUCCUGUGACACAGACGACUUUGUCAUUGUGCCUGCUCACUUCAACACAGCUGAGCUGACGAGUGAGAGUAAAAUGCUGCAGGACAGUCUAAUGAACAGCGGCUCUCUCCUGACUUCUGCCGGUUUGUGUGUCCAAGCCAAAUCGCCACCACACUCGCCCUCCUAUAGUGGCUCCCCCAGUCGUGUCAGGCCCAGUGAGUCCUCAGGGAGUAACUAUGCUGGCCCCGGGGGUAACCACAGUCACUCCCUGCCCAUCCCAGUUCCCACUCAGGUGCACAACUACCAGCGUUUGGAGCAGCAGAUUUAUACAACCAAACAAGAGGGCUCGCCCCGGCUGUCCACUCCGGUACAUCGUUGCUGCAGUGGAAGUCCGUUGGGCUUUGCGAGGACUGGGCCGUCUCCACCUUACGGAACAGUGGCCACCACCCGAAGGCUCUCACUGGGAGGAGCAAGACCAUUUCAACUUUCCCCUCAAGGGGCUCAGCAUGCUGAAUCCAGGCCAACUGCUCAGAAACACUCCCCCGUCGCCACAGGAUUGGGGACACGGCUGCACAGCGCCCCCUGUCUCUUGGAGUGUACCGCUGGUGGUGGCAGACAAAAGAUCCGAAAACAGCACUCAGAUCCGGUGGUGGUCCCCACGGCAGGCCUGAUGACUGUUCGCCCGCUGCACUCUUCCCCACGCCUCAGUGAGCUGAUGCAGAGAAGCCCACUGCCCACCAUCCUGGGCUCUCCCUCGAGGACUAUGCCUCCAUUUGAAUUCCCCAAACCCCCCAGCUCUCCAAACCUUGUCAACUUCCUGACACAGCAGGGAUUGGUCGUGGGCUCUCCCAACAGCAGGACUGUGCAAAUCGAGCCCAGAGACGCUGGACAGCCAGCGCCCACAUCAUGCCCUCAGCCUUCACACUGCAUCCACAGGAUGAAUGAUGAUACCAGGGGAUUUGGAAGAUCUCAGAGCGCCGGCCUCCUGUCCGACAUGCUGCUGAUGGCAGCCUUUGGAACAGGUGGCCCAGUGAGUGACCGAGGCAGCACAGAAAACCUGGCCUGUGAAAAAGCUAUAGACAUAGCAGGGCCCUCAGCUGGCGUCCUAUGUCCUGCACCGGGGUCGUGCAGCCCAGCACAGGUGGUCUUCACCAUCGGCUCCCCUCCCAGUAGCGGCACCCCGCCUCAGGCCUUCAGACAGAGGAAAUACUCAGGCUCGUUUGCGUCAGUCAGUCCUGCAGGCUCCUUCACCAGCCGCUAUCCCCAGACAGCUACCUACGGGGACGGCUUUGAGGCAUCUUCCAGCCCUCGUUACAAUUUUUUUGAUCCCAUCACAGCCAACAUGGGCGGUCGUAUAACCUUCGAGGCCCCCGAGCUGCCUGAAGAGACCCUGAUGGAGCAGGAGCACACAGACACCGUGCAGAGCCUGCGCUUCACGCUGGAUUUCGCUUGCUGUCUAAUGGAGGUGGCCGGGGCCCGCGGCAUCACAUUGAUGGGGGUUCCGGUUGAUGUUGCUCACCCCCACUUCUUGCAGCAGCAGAGCCUUGUGGCUGAUCAGAUAAGCUCACUGAGUCGAGAGUGGAGCCAUGCCGAACAACUGGUUCUGUACCUUAAGACUGCAGAACUCUUGUCUAUUGCCAUACAAAUGGCCAUGGAGCGAGUGAAACAGGGCAAACUUUACCCGUCGUCUACAGUCAAACAAGUUGUGAGGAGGCUGAAUGACUUGUACAAGUCCAGUGUGGCAUCGUGCCGCUCACUCAGCACACGACUGGAGCGCUUCUUUUCCAAGAAACACAGACUAAUGGACAAAAUCACCUCCAUUACGGCUGAAAGACUGCUCUUCAGUCACACCGUGCAGAUGGUUCAGUCUGCUGCUCUAGAUGAGAUGUUCCACCAGGGGGAGGCAUCCAUCCAUCGCUACCACAAAGCUCUCCUGCUGCUGGAGGGCCUCACGAUGCUUCUUACUGAACAGGAAGACAUUCUCAGUGUUAGCAAAUGUAAAGAAUGUAUCGAGCGGCGCCUCACAGCCUUGCAGUCUGGGCUCUGUGUUUGAGAGCCCCCACAUGAUGUCACCCGUCGGCUCAUUACCGACGAACUUCAUCGCCUCACGUCUCGUCAUACAUCGCUUUCACAAUACCCCCAAAAGUUACAUCUCGAGCUUCAGACAACAACGUCUCUUUCACUAAACCCGGAACUGAUGGUGGACGUGAUGCACCUUGCUGCAUUCUGACUUAUGUGAGAGACCGUGUGACCAAUUUAAGAUUUCCCCACCCCAGCCCCAUUUGGGGCAACAUGCAGAAGCAGUUAUGGCCAAGUAGUCAUACCUGUAUAUAGAUCCACACGCAGUACUCACCAUGACAUACAUUUUGAAGCUGGACCAGUCUACAUGCAGUGGAGAACUUAACAAGCCUUCAUGGUUCAUUUUUAUGGAGGUACAGUAUGACUUCUACGCCUACAUGGAGGUACAGUAGACAUGUUGAAGAAAGCUGGAAGUAGUCAAGUAUCAUUCUCAUCAUAUGUGUGUUCACAUGAUACCACUUCUUUUGUGUUUGUUUCAAACUAGUUAGUUACUUGCUUGCUACAGUGUACAUAACAUUGCUACAACUGGAGAAGACUUUCUGCCAUGAUGACUAAAAGGCUUUUUAUAAUAUGUUUGAUUUUAGCUCCACUGUAAGUAGUUUGAUUUGACACUUUAUGGACUCGUUUUUAAUAAGGAAGGCUGCAACUGGUGCAGCAGAUGUUUUGCUUUCCAACAUCGCAUCGAGCGGGUCCAAAAUGGCGGAAGAGGCACUGUUAGCAUCUCUGAUUAUAAUUGCGCUAACGUUGCCCCGCUUACCUGACGAUAUUUGUCUUGUGUGCAGUCCUUAAACAUCCCCUCGCUUGGUUCCAUAUUUCGUCCUUGCAGCAUUGUAUCUUGUCAAUCAUGCCGGUGUUACGCAAGUAUAAUCAAAAUGCGAAUGUAUAAGACAGGGGAGAAGGCGCGUCAACAUCAGUCUGAAUGUUGGGCUGCUCGGCGGCACACGCCUGAAUGUUUUUGCACUGUUGGAGUACUGUACAGAGUGGAACAUGCUACAUGUCAAGUAUUUUGUUUGUUUUAAUAUACCUUGACUGAUUAGCUCAUUUCUAUUUCUACUGCCAUACAUUGAGUGCAGUUGUAUCAUAGUUGACUGUGUUAGGUGUGAGAGUGUUCAUUAACAGAGGGAUGCUGUGAACCCAGAUAACAUUUUCUUUAAGAAAAUAUGGAAGAAAAAAAAAAGCUUUACGGUGAGGAGGGUUUUAAAAAACAAAAACAAAAAAAAAGUGUUUUGCUUCAGAGUAGUCAGUAGGUGACGAUUCUGUCUUGAUUUUGAAAUGUGUUGAUUUGGAGUGAUAUUGUUAAAUAUUUGGUCUGAAUUAUUAUUUUGUAUUAUUGAGCUUGAGAUAUAACUCUGAAUCCCAAACAAAUUCCUUUUAAUAAUUCUCCUCAGUUGUGGGCCAGUGGAGAUGGUCAAUGUCUGUGUGUUGCCUGUGUUCAAAGGUGUACAGUAUCGUGUGCAUGCUCGCAUGUGUGAAGAGGCUUGUUUGAGAUUUAUGACUGACGACUGUGGAGGAAAAACAAAGAUGAUAACUAUUAAUUACACAAUAUCACUUUUCCCUAUGAAAUAAAAAGAUCCACUGAAAAGGGUUCCUCUGGUUACGAAGGAGUAAGGCCACCCCCCUAAAAAACAAAUGAGAAUGAAAUUGAAAAUUGCAAGAAUAAAGUUGUACAAAUAAAAAAGUAAUAUUUAUUGCAAUCAAAUUGUAAUAUUGCAAGAAUAGUUUAUACCCAUUUCGCUAGUAUCGUAGAUCUGCUUUUUUUUUUUUUUUCUCCAUAUCACAAGUAUAAAGUAGGAAUAUGAUGAGCAAUUUUAACAUUUUGCUAUAACACGCUAUGAAAUUAUUGCCAGUCUCAGAAAGAUGCCGUUUGGUUAGAAUUACUUCAUUCUUGUAAAAAAAGAAAUAAAUAAAUUGUUUAAUACAACUUUAUUCCUUCAACAUUACAAUUUCAUUCUCAUAAGGUUACUUUUUUUUUUUUCCUUGAAAUAUCGUGACUUCAUUCUCCUGGCAUUAUGACUUUUUUUGCUCAGUAUUAGCUUUUUGGACGUAAUAUACUUCCUGUAACUUUUUCUGAUAUAAAAUAAAUGCAUAACUUAAUAACUAAAUUUGUACUAACAUUGCAGCUUUAUUCUGAAAACUUAUCAGCUAACUCCCCCACCCCAGCCCCGUCCCCAGUGUGGCCUUGAUGCUCCUUCGUACUCUGGUAACCCGUUGUGGGGCCCAGUACUACUUUCUUCACUGUAUUUUCCUUCUCUUUUUUUUUAAGUUAUUAAGAUGUCCAUGUUUCAUAAAGCUAAAGAUAGUUUACAAAGAGAUCCAGUAUAGUAGCACUAGUAGAGUAAAAUGAAAGAGCUUUUACCCCCUUUUUAAAUAUCCUAUAUUUGCUUUAAGGCCUUUUUGUCAUACAAAAAUAUAUCUGUAUUCUUUUCUCAGCUGUGAGCACGUGUCAAAUGGUUGAGUUGUACAUUCCUAAUAUAGGCUCAUCCUGGCUCUCGUCCUGCUCAGGCAGUAUACAGCAGCGAGCACCUGUGGGACAUCUGUCACUUUUUUUUUUUUUUUUUUUUUUAUAAAUAAAUAGUCCUCCUACAGUCAUUGCUACUGGGCACUGGCCAUCCCAACUGUUAUUAUCAUUUAGGGAUCACCAUUAAUCAUUAAGCAUUGUGUGUGCAUUGAGAAAACUUUAUGGUCGGGGCAGAGGGCAUGUAUUGUUUUCUGUUGUAUGUCCUUGAGCAGCGUGUUGACUGGCUGCCAUCAUCAUGGCUGCUGUUGAAAGCAUUCCCAUGAAGCUAAAAUGAAGUGUAACCAUAGUCGAGGUUUACACUCUUCUGCGAGCAGUCUGUGUGUAAAAAUAUGCCCGAAUGUCAUCAUUUUUUUUUUCGUGUUCAGUAUCACCUCUAGGAAUUGUAAAUUAAGUUAUUGCUGUCAUUGUAUUUAUGGAUCUGAGUGUGCGGAGGGAACAGUACCAUACCAUGUAAUGUUUGUUUUUCCAAAGAAAAGGCUUUCUGCUGAACUUCCAGCAAGGCAUUUUCAUGUUGUCAUGUAUGGCAAGACACUAGCUCAAUGUCCCUGUGUGUAAUAUAACCCUUAUUGUUAGUUGCAACAUGAAUAAAGUUAAAAGGAAUGGUCA